AUGAAUUUAUUACCUAAAAAGUCGGAGGAAUUCGCAAAAACUGACUAUUGGAAUUCAUUUUUCAAAAAACGUGGCGAGAAGGCGUUUGAAUGGUACGGUGAAUAUAUACAACUUUGUGAUCAUAUACACAAAUAUGUUAAAUUAUCAGAUAAAAUACUUAUGCUUGGCUGUGGUAAUUCAAAGCUAAGUAUGGACAUGUAUGACAAUGGAUUUUGGGAUAUUACAAAUAUAGAUAUAUCACCAAUAGCUAUCAAAAGAAUGAUUGAUAUUAACGCAAAUAAACGUCCUGGUAUGCAAUUUCUUGAAAUGGACGCAACGAAAAUGACAUUUGAAGAUGAAAAAUUUACAGUUGCUUUGGACAAAGGUACUUUAGACGCUUUAUUUAUUGAUAAUUCACCGGAAACAAAAGCGGUAAUUGAACGUUAUUUGAAAGAAAUCAUGCGUACAAUGCGCAAUGGAGGUCGGUAUUUAUGCGUUUCACUUCUGCAGGAACAUAUUUUAAAAUAUUUAUUAGAAUUUCUACCUACAAAUUCAUUCAUGAUCCGAAUAGUAUAUUGUUUGGAUGCUGCAAAUUCAACUGCAGAAGAUAAUAAUUUAAAUUUAGUAUCUAUGCCUGUUUUUAUAGUGGUAGCAACAAAGUUUACACUGUUGCCUUCACCAAUUUUUGAGUUUAGUUUAGAUAAUGUAGCCAUGAAACGUGUUAAAACUGCUUGUGAUUUGGAUGAUGCUGUAUCGUCACUACAAAAAGCUGCAAUUAUUUGUAAUGGAUUAGUUCGUGGAAAUAUUGCUGGUUAUAAUGAAGUCUCGAUGGAAUUGUUUAAACCAGGCGACAACAAUCCACGUUAUACAGUGUAUAUAUUAGAUCAACCACCAAAGUCAACAUUGAAGCGAUAUGCAGCAUUUUUGGUGCCACAGGGAAGAGAAAAUGAAUAUCUGUUCUCAACUCCAGAGGGACGAAAGCAUUUACAAGAAAGUUCAGAAUUUCAACGUCUACUUAUUAUAACUCUUCAUAGAGAUCAGGUAUACAACUCACUUGCUGAAGUUAAAGAGGAAUUAAUUGAUAGCAUAAAAUCGGUAGCGCCACAGGGAUUCAAGGAAAUGAUACCUAUUUUAUCACUUGGAAAUGAGAUUGGCAAACGUGAAACUUUGGUCACCGGUUUUUCACAAAUAUCAGGAGAAUUUCGCAUCGAAGAAGUUGAAGGAGAGAAUGGGCAAGUUAUGCGUCGCUUAAUUUUCUUAAGUAAUGAAAUGCUAGUACAAUCAGAGGCUUUAGUUAAGAUAAUUAAACCAAAGGGCAAGAAGGAGCGCAAGAAAAUCGAUAUUGGCUAUUUAGCUUGUCAACAUCAUGUCUACAUGUCAACUGGCAUACAAAUGGCAACAAAUACUUGUAACAAUAAAAACAAGGGCAACGUAUUAGUAAUUGGUUUGGGAGGCGGUAGCCUAUGUACUUUUUUGCACGAAGCUUUACCUUACGUACGUGUAACUGCAGUUGAAAUUGAUCCAAUUAUGUUGGAAAUUGCCGAACAAUUCUUUGAACUAAAACAGGACGACCGCUUACAUGUUGUAAUCGAUGAUGGUUUAGAUUUUAUAAGCAAGUGUAAAGAAGAAGGUAUAAAUUUUGAUGUGGUGCUCUUUGAUGUGGAUAGUAAAGACAGUUCUAUUGGUAUGAGCUGUCCACCCAAGAGCUUUGUAAAUCCAGCUGUGUUGAAAAAUAUAAAAUAUAUCAUUGGUCCCAAAGGGAUAUUUUUACUAAAUCUAGCUUGUCGUAAUAAAACAAUGCGUGAUGACGUUAUAAAAGUUCUGAAAGAAAUAUUUCCUUAUAUUUGUUCAUAUAAAAUUGAAGAUGAAAUUAACGAAGUCGUCUAUUGCACAACAAAUGAAAAAUUUCAAGAUUUAACAAAUUGGAAACGUAUGCUUGGAAAUGCUGCACGCAAUUUUAAUACAGCAGUGAAAGAUAAACAUCUUACACAGCAGGAUAUGUUAAAUAUUUCAAAGUUUUUAAAUAAAUUAUCACUAUAACCUUUGGUUUUGAUCGUUAUAAUAAUAUUUAAAAAAAUUUUAUAUUUGAAUGUUAUGAUUGAAAUUUUAUAAUGCAUUUUUGCAACUUUUGUACAAAACUAGAAAAUUA